AUGAAACUAUUUACGAAGUUUCAGGCGGAUGUUAAUAAUUCGAUAAAAAGGGGUCUGUACCACGGACUAUGACAAAUGAUCCAGAUAAUAUUUACACUAAAAGAAAUUUAUAUUAAUUUCAAUUUUUUUUUUUUAAUUAAUGA